GCCAUUUUGAAAAGUACUAGAAUCUAGAUCUACUAUUUCAACGACAAAUAAUUUGGAAAGAAUGAACAGACAAGAAUUUUGUGUGCAAAUUGUCAAGUGCCUGGAGAAUGUGUGGAGUGAGAACAUUUUGUUUGACUUCGCUGUUCAGGUCCAGGGUGAAACCAUCCAGUGUCAUCGUCUCAUACUUGCAGCAUGCUCAGAAUUUUUUAGAGCAUGUUUUCGGUCAGAGAUGAGAGAAACCACAGAAAAUUCUGUCAUCCUGAAUGAUGUUUCUUGUGACGUGUUUCAGUUAAUUCUAAAAGCGCUCUAUACUGGGAUCAAUGUUUUAACUUUAGAGAAUUUUAUGGAGGUCUGGAGAACUGUUCACUUGCUUCAAAUUCAUUUCAUGGUUCAAGUUUGCGAAGAGUUUGCUAUUGAAGCAGUUUCAAUGGACACUUGGGAAGGCAUUUAUGCUAUUGCAAAACUUUUCGAAUCUAAAACAGUUCUGGAUAAACUCCAUUCAUUCAUGUUAAGCGACUUUGAACAAUUUAGUACUUCACCAAGAUUCCUUCACAUGUCUUUUAAGGAAGUCCACCAAUUGAUUAGCAGUGAUAAUGUCGUUGUCAAUGAUGAAGAAAUAGUUCUUAAUUCUGUGAUACGGUGGGUUGAAUUUGUCCCUGAAAAUUGGAUGAACUUAGACGAGAGUUUAAGUGAUAAUCAUGAAGUUGGCAAUGUGUGCGAUUUUUUUAAAGGAUACGAAGAGAGAACAAGAUAA